CAAGUUGAGAAGAACUUCUAUAAAACCCUCUCAAAUAGCUACAAUCUGAUGAACCAUACAGAAAACAGAAACACCUAAUGGAACAGAAAGCUAGCCAAGUUGUGCUUUUGGGAAAGUGGACAAGUGGCCAGUGCUCAAGGGUUGCACUAGCUCUUAAACUUAAGGGCAUACCUUACAAAUACGUGGAGCAAGAUUUAACAAACAAAAGUGAGUUGCUGUUGAAGAACAAUCCCGUGCAUCAAAAAGUUCCCGUACUCUUACAUAGUGGCAAGCCAAUAGCCGAGUCUCUUGUCAUCUUAGAAUAUAUCGAUGAGACUUGGAAUCACACUCCCAAACUCUUGCCUCAUGAUCCUUAUCAAAGGGCCAAGGUUCGCUUCUGGGUCAACUACUUUGAUCAAAAAAUUGCUACAGCUAUAUAUCCCGUUUUCAGAUCAAAAGGAGAAGAGAGGGAGAAAGAAAUUGAAAAGAUGAAUGAAAUUAUUGGAGUUUUUAUUGAAGGGUUGAAGAAAGAUUUUGGUAAAGAAGAAUUCACUUAUAGUAAGGGCAAGUGCUUGGGACUAUUGGAUAUUGUGGUGGGAACACAAGCUUGUAACUACAAGGCUGUUCAAGAGGCCCUGAAAGUUGAAGCAAUUCAUCCCCACACGAACUCAGAGUUCUUGUCAUGGGUGGAUUCCUUGAAGGAGCAUCCUUUAAUGAAGGAGACACUGCCUCCUCAUGAUAAGUUGGUGGCCUCGUUCAUAGACAAAUUUGGUCUUCUAAACUAGAGCUCUGUACUGUGUUGUGAACACAAUAUUACCAUCAUCUAAAAAAAAAAUAAGGAAAGAAAUGUAGGGAAAAAAAGAAGACGACAUUUUUCAUUCAUAAAAUAAAGUUUUUCCUUUUUAAUUUUUCCUUCUUAUUUUCUUCUUAAUCCAAACAAAGUCAUACUGUGUUUCAUUUUGUGUUUUCUCAUUAUUGGUGGUUUUUAUAAAAAAAAAAUAGCAAAUGUUGCUUGUAUGGUAAGGGAGGUGCUUCUUUGCAGUAAAAUAAAAUUUGGGUUGCUCAUUA